AUGGCAGACUCGCUGCCAGCAGCGCUUGAGAGCCUCAGACUAACAUCUCGAAGCUUUGAUGAUGAUAUUGAUGAGCUACUGGACCAGGCAAAGCCGCGCAAACGCGUUCGACAAACUUCGGAAGAGGUCAAGACUGAGCUUGAGAAGAGGUUCUUGACGCCGUCCACUUCAUUCAGUCCGGAGUGGCUAGAUCGUCUGCAGCAGCGAUGGGACACUCCCACCAACUACAAUGAGCUUUUUGCUAUUGGUCCUACCCAGACAAGAACCAUUAUUCGCUUCACAAGAGAAGGACUCGAAGGCCGUGUUACUGGCUACAAGGAAGUCACAGUACCUGCUAAUAGUGCUACUGCAAAAAACUCAACCUCGAUACUCCGAAAGCCAGCAAGUCGCGCGGACUUUGUACGAGGUGCAGCAGGGUUCUAUCCAUUUGCCCCUGGCGGACUUGAUGCGGUGGAAGCCACAGCUGCUUACGAGGAUGAAUUGCUGCAGAAGAAACAGCCGAAUGGUGCUGGAAAAGUUGACAAGCUCAGUCGAGUCAUCAACUUUGCAGCAGAAGGCGGUUUGCUUACCGUGCCUCCAGGCUUCACCCGAGGCCUACGAAUCAGCGAGAAACCUCAACAGAAUGACGAAAAGGAUGACGAAAAGGAAGUGGAAGAUGUUCUAGAAGAAGAAUCCGAUCUCCCAGACGGCAUGAAUGGCGUGCCACUUCCCAAAGAGGAUGCAGAUGAUGAAGACGAAGUUUCAGACCACGGUGAGGACGAGCUAGAUGCACUUUUGCCUGUCGAGUUUCCCGCCCUGGCACCUCAUGGACCUCUGGCUUCGGCUAGGAACAAGCAUGGUGGCCGCGAACGAGCACACAUGGUCGAUGUCAACCGGGACAUCACCAACUUCAGUGAGUUGGUGCCUGAGAUGGCGCGCACCUGGCCUUUCGAGCUUGACACUUUUCAAAAAGAAGCCGUGUACCACUUGGAGAAUGGCGAUUCCGUUUUCGUUGCAGCGCAUACUUCUGCUGGAAAGACUGUCGUCGCCGAGUAUGCCAUUGCGUUGGCUCAGAAGCAUAUGACAAAGGCCAUAUAUACUUCGCCGAUCAAAGCAUUGAGCAACCAAAAGUUUAGAGACUUUAGGUUGGAGUUUGAUGAUGUUGGCAUCCUAACUGGAGAUGUCCAGAUACGACCCGAAGCCAGCUGCCUGAUAAUGACCACCGAAAUCUUGCGAAGCAUGCUCUACCGCGGCGCAGAUCUUAUCCGUGACGUUGAAUUCGUCAUUUUCGACGAGGUCCAUUAUGUGAACGACUCGGAGCGAGGUGUCGUUUGGGAAGAGGUCAUCAUCAUGUUACCAGAACAUGUCACCUUGAUCAUGUUAUCCGCCACUGUACCGAAUACCUACGAGUUCGCAUCCUGGGUGGGCAGGACGAAGCAGAAAGACAUUUAUGUCAUCUCCACACCGAAACGUCCCGUUCCUCUCGAGCACUACCUCUGGGCUGACAAGAAGAUGUUCAAAAUCGUGGACUCUGCCAAGCAUUUCAUCGAAAAGGGCUGGAAAGAUGCAAACGAUGCUUUGAGUGGUCGCGAUAAGCUUAUAGAAGCCGAGAAGAAGGCCAAAGAGAAGGAAGACGCGGCCAUUGCGGCUGGUCGCGGUGGGAGAGGCGGAGGUGCCGCAGGACGCGGACAAAAUCAGCGUGGUGGUCAGCCGCGCGGAGGUGGUCCUCAACGGGGAGCGUCACAGCAGCGCGGCCGUGGACAGCCUGCAGCUCGCGGACAUGGCAAUAUUGCUCGGACUGGCCGUGGAGGUGGACGGACUACAGCUGCCCAAGAUCGCAACAUUUGGGUCCACCUAGUACAGCACUUGCGUAAGGAGGAUCUUCUGCCAGGCUGUAUCUUUGUUUUCUCCAAGAAGAGGUGCGAGGAGAAUGCAGAUGCCCUGUCAACUCUGGACUAUUGCACGUCAACUGAAAAGAGUGCCGUGCAUAUGAUUUUGGAAAAGUCGCUUGCUCGAUUGAAACCAGACGACCGGCAAUUGCCACAAAUCCGUAGAAUGCGCGAGCUGCUCAGCAGGGGUAUCGCAGUGCAUCAUGGAGGACUGCUCCCGAUUGUCAAGGAGUGUGUUGAGAUUCUUUUCGCAAAGACGCUUGUAAAAGUGCUGUUCGCCACCGAGACCUUUGCCAUGGGACUCAAUCUACCCACCCGGACAGUCGUCUUCUCUGGGUUCAGGAAGUAUGACAACAAAUCUUUCCGAGAUUUACUCCCGGGAGAGUACACGCAGAUGGCAGGCAGAGCAGGUCGAAGAGGUCUCGACUCGGUAGGGUCCGUCAUCAUUGUGGCGCCCGGAGCUGAUGAAGCGCCACCUGCUGGCCGUCUACGGCAGAUGAUGCUAGGCGACCCGACCAAGCUUCGAUCGCAGUUCCGUUUGACCUACAACAUGAUUCUCAACUUGCUGCGGGUAGAGGCACUGAAGAUUGAAGAGAUGAUCAAGAGAUCGUUCUCGGAGAACGCCACUCAAGCUUUACUUCCAGAGCACGAGAAGCAAAUCAAGCUAUCCGAAGCAGAUUUAGCCAAAGUCACUCGCGAGGCUUGCGAUAUUUGCGACAAAGAUAUCGAGGCUUGUCAGCAAGCCAGUAUUGACUACCAGCGACUGACGGCGGACCUUCACCUAGCCAUGUUGGGUACCCCGGUGGGGCGUAGAAUGUUCCAGCCAAAACGCAUCAUUGUCUUCAAGGGGAGGGAUAACGUGCGGACAGCUGGAGUCCUGCUCCGUGAAGGCGCCAGCAAAGCAUCUCCUCCGACAGUCCAGGUCUUGGAGGUUUUCAGCAGCAAGCCGAGAAAACGUCAAGAUCCAGACUUUCUUCCAUAUCUUCCUCGACUUCGCCGCUUCUUUGUUCCCCUGCCGCAGACAGAAGGCGAGAUUGAAUUGAGGACCAUCACCAUUCAGUUGGAUGACAUCGAAGCACUUACCGCGACACAUGUCGCCAUGGAUCUGGGUGGCGUGUUGCAGAAGGAGCCCGAUGCUCUGGCUGCUGUGAAGACUGAGCUUCUUGCAACCUGUUCAUCAUGGACUUCUUCAUCUUGGAAUGAGCUGGAUUACUACAAGUGGCUCAAGGAUAUGAAUGUCCGUAACAUCAUGGACGCGAGAGCCAAAGCCGCCAGUACUGCCCAAGACCGAGAGUGUAUCCACUGCGGCAACUUCCCCAAGCACUUUGCAAUGGCUCACGAUCAAUGGGUCAUUCGCGACAAGAUUGACUCCAUUCGUAUGCUCAUGUCAGAUCAGAAUCUUCAGCUUCUCCCCGACUACGAGCAACGUAUCUGUGUGUUGAAAGAGCUUGGCUUCAUCGACGAUCAUACGCGUGUCGAGCUAAAAGGCAAAGUGGCAUGCGAGAUCCACUCUGCCGACGAACUGGUUCUCACGGAGCUGGUGCUCGAAAACGUUUUGGCAGACUACGAGCCGGAAGAGAUUGUGGCAUUGCUCUCCUCGUUUGUCUUUCAAGAAAAGACGGACAUAACACCCAACAUGACUCCCGCUUUGGAACGCGGGAUUGAGACCAUUAUCAAGAUUUCCGAAAAGGUCAACAAGUUCCAGACUCUCCAUCAAGUCAUCCUAGCCUCUGACGACUCAAACGAUUUCGUCAGUCGUCCACGAUUUGGACUGGUCGAGGUAGUCUACGAGUGGGCUCGGGGAAUGCCGUUCUCCAGAAUCACAGACUUGACUGAUGUGUUGGAGGGAACAAUUGUCAGGGUCAUCACACGCCUGGACGAAACGUGCAGGGAGGUGAAGAAUGCGGCGAGAAUCAUUGGCGAUCCGACACUCUUCACCAAGAUGCAGACCUGCCAAGAGUUGAUCAAGAGGGACAUUUGCGCCACGGCUAGCUUGUACAUGUAG